UGGUGACGGAUAAAUCUGAUUACCAACGCUAUGAUUUGUCAGCCGACGAGCUUCAACAUCGUUGACGACCACGAGCGUCUUUGAUGGGAGGAUUCCACUGCAUCAUUAUUUCUAUGAUAUUUUAUAUGCGAUAGGAGCCUUAUACAAGGGUAGUAAAUAAGUUAUGGCUACCGAUUUGGCCCCCAAUGCGUGCUCUCGGUGCAAAGGGCUGAAGAAGAAGUGUGACAAAGGUCUCCCUUGCUGUGAGCGAUGCACGAGGCUCGGUGCGAGGUGUCAAUAUGAUAGUGGCACACAAGAUUUGAGGCCGAUGCACAGUGCUGCAGACACGAGUGCUCACAGCCAGCCACACCAGCUGCCAACUCCGCCGAGCAUGUCUACGCGCCAGGUCUCACCCGAUUUUCAAUCAGCGCUUGGUAUGUUACAGAUUUGUGACGACGACGAGAAUCUAGGGAGGCAGAUAGCUGUUGUGAUUGCGAACACCGGCGCUGAUGUUGGCAUCUUUUGCUCCACCUACUUCAACACACUCCACGAGUGGUUCCCUAUUAUUCCCAGCCGUGACAUCUACGACCGCAUAGCUACGCUUUCGACGGGCCCCAGCCCAGAGUUUGCUAUACUAAUACUGUGCCUACAUCUGAUUACCAAGAUUGAUCGGACAAAUUGUGAUUGUCAAACGAUGAUGCAUUUCUACCUGACAGCAAAGCGACUCUAUUCCCUCGUUAGCUCAUCAGGUCGAAUGUCGAAAGAGCUAGUUCAAAGCGGGAUUCUUCUUGCUCUUUAUGAAUAUGGCAAUGCAAUUCCUGACACAGCGUACGUAACACUAGCUGGGCCAGCGAGGAUGGCGUUGCUUCUGGGCUAUGAUAAGACGGUGUAUGAAGGAGGAAAUGCUGGAAACAUUUCUGACGUUGAAGCCGAAGAACAGCGGUGUAUUUGGUGGUGUAUUAUCACCCUUGAAAGGGUAAUGCGCAUGGAUCAUAUGGAGAGACAGCUCCCUUUUAUCACUGCAUCGCCAACACUCUGUUCGUUUCUUCCUUCCACUUCAGGGGCUAAGAUUGCCCUUGGAGUAGGCUUGAAACUUCCAGGAAAUCCCUUCCAGAACUCUGGUCCAGAAACGCGACUUAAGACCUUUGCUCUAGUCGCCCAAUCUAUUUAUUUUCUGGAUCGUGUCAUUGAACAUAUCAAUACUACCUAUGAGGAGGUAAACCGAAAGCCAGAAAUCACUGCUCAACUAGAUGAAGCGAUCAGAGCUUUUUGCAUGACUUUAUUAGAAGAGAAACACUAUGAUCGAACUGGGCACUGCUGGCCACAUGCUACGUGUUUGAGUGCCUUAUUAUUCCUUUCCCGCGAUGCUCUAGAAGUGAGAGACGGAACUUACAAGUACGAAGACUCAUGUCGUGCGAUAUUAUCUCUUCGUUCAAUCAUUCGAAUCACUCUAGAAGGCGUCAAGUCAGGGUCUUAUACGACACAGACUGCCGUUGAACUUGUCCCAAUUUGGGGUUUGCAUUGCAUUUAUUUGGCGGCUACGAGCCACACUGAGUUUGGCGACAAAACCAAUGAAAAAGAGUGGGAAGAAGACCUUGAGUGUCUUCAUCAAACAUUAUCGUGGUACAAGUCGAAAUGGAUGCUUGCUGGAUGCUAUUUGGACUGCUCUAAGAUGGCCACUCGUAUAAUCAAAGACAUGGACACCGGAUACCAUAAUGAGGAUCCAAGCGAGCUGUGCAGCGGGCCCGGGUUACGAUAGUGAGACGACAUUUAAUUCAUCUAAGGCCUAGUGCCAUGCUAAUAUUCACAAGGAUAAGAUAACUAUUUCUCUUCGGUAUCCUUCUUGGCCUCGAGCUUCGUCACCAGCUCCCCAUAACCCUUCAAGAUCAGGUCCUUGCUUUCGCCGUUGCUCCACGCCUCCUUUGCUGUCUCGUGUAGCUCCCCAGUCAUCGCACUCAUGAGACCUGGCGACAUGUUGCGGUUGUUCUCGUCCCUCUCUGGGAAACUCAACUGUGGCUUUGUCUCGGCGACUUGGAGCUUCAUUCCUUCGAGCGUCUUGACGAGCGCGUCGGAUGACGCAGAGCCACCGAAGAUUCCGUAGGUUACGACGAGAACCGGCUUGCCAAUCCAGGCGUGAUACAGGAAGUCGAUGGCGUUCUUGACGCCACCAGGGAUUCCAUAGUUGUACUCAGGGGAGACCAAUAUGUACCCAUCGUACUUUUGGAUCUCAUUUGUCCAGUCUUUGCUGUGCUGGUGCUUGAAUUCGCCAUAGGCGGGAACCAUGGCGGGUAGAAGUGCCUCAUCGAAAACUGGGAGGUUGAAGUCUUUUAGGUCGAUAAGGGUGAAAGUGGGUGCUGGUGAAGAGCUGGCAGCGCCGCCCUCGACGAUGGACUUGACGAUCCCGGCGACAUGUGGGCCGAUGCGGGCAGCACGGGUUGACCCGAUGAUUAUUCCGAUGCUCUUGGGGGCCGACAUUGUGGACGUUGGUGUAGAUAGGGGGAUAUUUGGGGUUGUCAAGGUAUAAAGGCGGCUGGAGGUUGGAGAAGAGCGCGGUUUAAAGUCAGGAGUGUUCGAUUUGGAGGAUGUUAAUUGGGAAAUGUACACUCAUCACUACGUUGUCUACCUUUAUAUAUACGUCCCAUCUACGUUUCUUACUUCCCUCGG